AUGACUUCUUCUACUCAUGAACCCCCUGCUCCAGCAUGGUAUCGUCGUCUCCCAAAGCCUCCCACUGAGGCCAAUCCUGCUCUGCACCGUGCCUCGUUGCUAUCACAGCAUCACCUGUUUCAUGAUCGGCCUCUAGGUCCUGGUCUGGAGGAUGAUGCUCCUCGGAGAAACACGAUUCAUUUCCCUGAGAGCUCCAACUCCAUUUCUAGCCGAGAAGAGGAUGCAGGACGGCAGCGGCCAAGUGGAAAUGGUGAUUCUGAGACCGCAUCGCCUCCAAAAGGAGGUCCUUCUUUGGAUACGGCAGAUAUUCAGCCCGGGGGAGAUAUCUUGCCCAAUACCCCGUAUCUCAGAGAACAUUUCUGUCUAUGUCCCCCUGACCCCAAGAUCCCUCGACCGCGAAACUCUUUCAUUCUCUUUCGUCAGCAUCAACAAGCCAGUAUCAUUGCGCAAAAUCCCGGUAUUCCGAAUCCGGAGGUGUCAAAGAUCAUUGGGGAACAAUGGAGACGUCUGUCCGCCGAGGCCAAAGAGGAAUGGAAUUUGCUUGCGGAAGAAGAAAAAGCCCGACAUCAACAGCAGUAUCCAGGCUAUCGCUAUCAUCCGCGUCGCAACGGCCGUGUUAGCAAUCAAUCCUCAGCAUCUGGACCAUCCUCUGCUGAGCCACAGGAGCCGUGCACCAAGUGUGGUGGAAGGCCGAUGAACUAUUACGGCAAUCCUACUCCUGUAUACACACCGCCUGUCUCCCACCCGCAGCAAGCAAUGGGGAUACAAAUUCCAGCAAAACGUGCCUGUGUGGUAAGCGGUCCGCCUGGUCAAAGAAUGCAUGGGCAGCCUACUGUCUCAUCCGAGCAUUUGCCACAUCAGAAGUCCCUCGUUGAGCCAUAUCCCUUUCAAAAGGUCGACCAUCGAUUGAUAUAUGCCGUCCCUCCAUCCCAGAAUCUUCCUACCCCUCCGUCAUCAGAUUCUCAAGACGCAAAGAGACGGCGCUUCAAUAGCAAUGGAGUUGAUUUGCCGGCUCGCGAAGCCUAUCCCGAUACGACAUAUUCUUACGCCCAUUCUCCAACUACGGCCCACACAUAUACCCGCCCUGAAGUUUUACAGCAAAUACAGGCCUCUCGGAUGCCAGUCCAGCGUGUGCAAGGAGUUCAAGCCGCCAAACCUGCCAUGGUAUCUCCCCCUCGAGCAGGAUACCCUCAUCCCCCACAACUUCAGCCUGUUCGGCCUCCUCGCCCGCACCGGAGAGCUAGAUCAAGUGUCGUGCUCCCGCCAAUUGAAACGAUGGUCUCGCAAACUCCAACAAAAUCGUCCUCCACCCGAUCGCAAAGCUCUGGUGUCGAGGCCAUGGUUAUGUCUAUUCCGGUGCUUAACAAAACCAAGCUGCUCUCCCAAAUAUCUGGUCCACUUCCACCUCCAGGUCUUACGUCACCCAAGCCUGAAGUACGUGGUGCAAUCAUUGCUAUUGAGGGGAUGGAUGCUACCACCGUGAAUAGCAUGACCCACUCUCUCGCUGAGCAACUGGAAAAGGAGGGUAAUUUUGCGGUCAGAAUCUUCAGUGGCCCAGAUCCAUACUGUAUGAUUCGUGAGGCACGAGGUGGUACGAAUGGACAUCGUGGUACCGUGACCACUGAGGCAUACUUGAGCAUGCUCGGCGAGUGGCACAAAAUUAACAAGGAGAUGGUUGAAUAUAUUACUACAAGGCCUGGGAGUAAGGGAGGAAAUGGAGGCUCAACGAGCUACGCGUCUAAGUCAUCGCCGAUUUCCAUCGACAUUUCUAGGAAUGACCCUAACCAUCCGAUGUGCGGCAUUGAUAGCCCCCAGGCACUGGAGAAAACCGUGCGGAUUCAGAGUGUACUGUCUGACUCUCUGCAAUCUGUGACCAGCCCCAAGACCAUCAGCAGCGCAGCUGAAUUGUCCAUGGUGUCACCACCAGGAAAGGCGACAAGCCAGCCCACUUUUGAACCAUCAAUGACUGAGCCUGUGAGUGACAUUGUGACAAGCAGUGAUGAUGGUGGUCGACCACCACCAUUGACUUUCCCACGACCAUUGAACUCAACAAGAAUUCCACCUCCGCCACCGACUCCGCGUCCGGCUACACCGCCGCCACCAGGAACAAAUCUCUCAUCCCGGGUUCCUUCCCUAAGGGGAUCGCAAUCGUCUUCACAUGCUCUUCUCCCAGACACAGCCAACCAGAAGUCUCAGGAUGCUCAGCUCUCAAUCCGGCCAAACAACGCCGCCAUUCCCGUCGCCUUAGUCCCCCACUAUCAGCUCACCACCGUCGAUGCAUCUUCCAUUUCUAUACCCAUCAGUGACGGAUUCUCCCCACCUGCUCACUGGCAAUGGUUCGCAACUCUCUGGCGAGGCAGCACCGGUCCGGACAUCACUAUCGUCAUCAAAGGACUGGAUGAGGAUCACGAGGAAGACGAAGCUGCAAAGACAUCUAUGGGCCCUCAGGUGAGCACUUCAAUCGGCAGACGAGAUCAAAGUUCGAAUGCAGGUAUUGGGUCUACCGGCACGCUCUCAGGUGUCGAGAUCAGAUUGAGUGACUGCCGGGCCGUGGUUGUCAAGACUGGCAUCGUUAGCUCAUCGUUGAGUUCAAUUUUGUCGCCAGUUGGAAGCAGUGUGGCAGUUGGUAAGGCUGUGAAGAGCUCGAAUUCCACUCCCCUAUAUGCCGCGGAUCAAGCGAAGGAGAUGGAAAACUGGGAGAAAGCAAAGAGAAGAGUUGGAUUUGAGGUCGACGAGUUUUUGAGGAGAUGA